AUGCGCUUCUCCGAGUUCCUUACCGUCGGUGUUGUGGCGCCUCUUGUGGCUGCUCAUGGUGGAGUCCCAGGGGCACCCAAGAUGUUUGGCCUACCGAGAGACUUGCAAGCCGACUUUAAACCUCCUGUCGCUGCUCGCGUGCUUCGACACCCCGCUCAGCCAAGGGAUGGCAUGUUGGAAACCCGCCAAGGUGGUCAGAACGGCCGUUGCGGACCCAGCUUCGCCAACGCCAAGUGCGCUGCGGGCUACUGCUGCUCAGGUGCCGGAUACUGCGGAACGACCAAAGAUCACUGCCAAGCUCCUGACUGCUUGAUUGACUUUGGCCCGGCUUGCGACGCCAACAAGACACCUGGUGGAGCCAGCACACGCAACGACCCCCGUCCUCAGAGGGGCAGCGUCGCAUACGGAGGUGGUGGUGUCUACGCCUGCAAGAAGGCUGGCACUGUCGCCAUUACCUACGAUGACGGCCCAUACAUCUACACCGACCGCGUCCUCGACCAGUUCGCCACAUAUGGCUUCAAGGCCACAUUCUUCGUCACGGGAAUCAACCUCGGAAAAGGCGCAAUCGACAGCACAGCGCAGUGGUCCAACGUGAUCAAGCGUAUGGUUGCCGAAGGUCACCAAGUCGCAUCCCACACAUGGUCUCACCAGGAUCUUAGCCAAAUCACCGAUGCGCAGCGCUACGACCAGAUGGUCAAGAACGAAAUGGCCAUUCGCAACAUUAUCGGAAAGUACCCCACAUACAUGCGUCCUCCUUACUCGUCUUGCAACGACGCUUGCCAGGCAGUGAUGAAGAACUUGGGAUACGUAGUCAGCUACUUCGACUUGGACACGGAUGACUACAACCAGCUAUCCAACAUCCAGGUUGCCAAGAACAACUUCAAGAACAAGAUUGAUACCACCGUUGGUGGUCCCGCCUCAGGUCACCGCCUCGCUAUCGCCCACGACAUCCAUGAGCAGACUGCUCUCAAUCUUACUGGUUACAUGCUCGAGUACCUCAAGUCAAAGGGCUACCGCGGUGUCACCAUGGGCGAGUGCAUGGGUGAGCCCGAGGCGAACUGGUACCGUACUGCCACCUCCGGCGGCUCUACUACCCCUCCUACCUCCGGCGGCGGUGGCAGCGGCAGUGGUACUGCUGUUUCCACUGACGGAUCUUGCGGCUCAGGCAAGGGAACGUGUGCUGGAUCUACCUUUGGCAACUGCUGCUCUCAAUACGGCUGGUGCGGAUCAUCCACUGAUCACUGCAGCGCUGGCUGCAACUCUGCCUUCGGAACCUGCACUGGCACUGGUGGCAGCGGUGGCGGCUCAACCACCCCCGCCCCGACCAAGAAGGUGUCUACUGAUGGCACUUGCGGAACUCAGGGUGGUGCUACUUGCGCUGGUUCAACAUUCGGUAACUGCUGCUCGCAGUAUGGAUGGUGCGGAUCUACUUCAGGCCACUGUGGUUCUGGAUGCCAGAGCGGAUCCGGCACUUGCAACUAG